AUGGGCGUACUAGCAUCCGACGUGGAGCGCGCCUGCCACACCCUCUGGAGCACGUCCGACGCGGCGCUCCGCCGCGAGGCCGACCGCUGGCUCACAGAGUGGCAGCAGUCGCAGGCUUCGUGGGAGGCGGCGCUCGCGCUUGCUCAGGCAACGCCGCCGCCGCCACUGCCACCGCACCACCCCACACGCGCUGGCACCGCGUCCGAGCUUCGCCUCUUCGGGGCCGCCGUCCUCUACAACAAGUGCCGUCGCGGGGGAGCGGCGGCGCUCUCGCCGGCAGCCGCGGCAGGCUUGCGGGCAGAGCUGCUGAGGCUGGCGGCGGCCGCAGGCUGCGACGUCCGCCUGCGCGCAAAGCUCUGCCGUGCCGUGGCCACGCUGGCCUCGGCGCCCAGCGGGCGGCCGGCCACCGAGCACGACACUCCCGCGCUGCUGCACGAGGCGCUCGUCGCCGGGCUGCCGGCGGCCAGCGCGCUGGAGCUGGUGGGCCUCGUUGCAGAGGAGGCGGCGGAGGGCGAGGUGAGGGAGGCCGAGGUGCAGGCGGUGCAGGCCCUGCUCCUGCGCUGCCUCGCCCACGCCUUCGAGCCGAGCCGCCCGCCACCCGCCGCUGUCCCCGCCAACGCCGCGCCUGCGCUCGCCUCGCCCGCCGCGCGCUCGGCGGCGCUGGGCGCGCUCUCGGCGUGGGCGUCCGUGCCGGCGGCGGAGGCGGUAACCGUGGCGAUCCUCGCCGAGACGCCCGUGUUUGUCCCCCUCCUGAGGCUGCUCGCCUCCUCUGGCGGGGCCAGCCCCGGCGGCUCGAGCGGCGGCGCGGCUCACUCGAGCGAGGCGCUCGCUGCGGCGGAGCUGCUCGAGGCGGCGGUCGAGGCGGAGCCUCGCGACGGGUGCGGAGGGUACAUGUACCUGUCGGCGGGACGCGACGACGGCGUGUCGGCCCUCGCCGGCGUCUGGCACAUCGGCCGCGCGUUGCUCUCGCGCCUCGUCGCGAGCGAGGACGGCGUCCUGCUGGUCCGCGGCGUGGGCCCGACGACGCAGCUCCGCGCCUUGCUCGCGCCCGCCCUCUGCGCCGCCGCGGAGCUCGACUCCGCCACGGUGCCUGCGCAAGCCCUCGUGGCGCUUCGCGGCGCGGCGGACGCCGUCGCUGGCGGCGAUCAUCGGGCCAGAAGCUCGUGGCGGGCGGCCGAAGUGGCGUUGUGGGCCGCCGCAGUGACGGCGCACUUGGUGCCACCGCCCAUGCCUCCGAUCGUCGGCGCAGAGCGGAGCGCAGAGCCAACCUCCGCCGAGGCGGCCGUGGCGGAGCUGCUCGAGGCUGCCCUCGGCGCGCCGUUCGAGGCUCUGCUCGCGCCCGGUGCCGUUCGCCCUGUCGUCGCCGCUCUGGCACACGCCACGCGCCACGCGUCGGACUUUGCUGUCGAGGCUGCCGCAGAGGCGUUGCACGCAGUUGCAAUCGGGGCCGCCGCCACCAUCGCCGCGGACGGCCAUGCGCUCGAGGGCAUCCUCGCAGCGGCGCAGCGGCCCGCGAUGUGCGACGGCGCCGCGGCUGGCGCGAGCGGGAUGACGCCCGAGGGAGCUGCAGACCGCUGGACGCUCGUCGAGACGUGUGCGGUUCUCGCUGCUGCGCUGCGGCCGCUCGGGCCCCAUCAGCUGGCGGGUCAGUUCAGCGAGCUGGGAGGCAUCGGCGAGGCCUUUCUGCAGCAGUUGUGGCCGCUCUGGGGCCGCGCGUUCCGGCUCGCGUGGCGGUCGGCACUUUCCACAGUCGAUGCCGAAGGCGACGGAGAGCCCGAUCCGGCCGUCGACGCGACAUGCUCGCUCGCGACCGCGUGCGUGUGGAGCGCCGAGCGUGGGUCCUUCCGACCGCUGGUGGAGGCGACCACCGCGGCCGUCGUCGAGGCGAUGCGUGCCGCCGCCGCUGCCGAAAUCGACGCUCGGACUUCUUGCGCGGUGUUGCUGCCAUGCACGUCGCUCGUCGCUUCCACCCUCGCGGCAGCCGCUUCAGACGACCCGGCGGCAGCUGUCGUCUUCGCGGGAGUGAUUGAUGAGGCGGUGGCCACGUCGCACCGUUUGCUCUGUGAAGUAGAGCGCGCGCCGCUUUGCGAGGCCGUCAUGUCCCUCGCGGCGCGUGCAGUCCACCUACAGCCUCUCGCGGUGCCGCACGCUCGCUCCUUGGGCGAGCUCCUCGCUGUUGCCUGCCACUUGCUCUCGUCGGCCGAGCCGGGGGAGGCCACGGCCGUCGCGUCCGUCGCGCUGGUGCUCUCCAUGGCACGCGGAUGCAGCGGUGCGGACGAGGCCGCGGCCGCAAGGACUUUGAGCGCCCUCCUAUGCGGGGACGCGGCGCGCCUCAUGCACGCGCUGCUCCUGGCCGCAGCUCGGGGCGCGCCGCGGCACGCUUUGCCCAGGAUCGGCGAGGCUUUCGCUCUCUGCCUCGAGCUGCCGGGGUGGGCACAGGCCGACGCGAUCGCCACUUGGGCCGCAAGCACGAAUGCUGCCCACGCGCUCCCGGCUCGCGAUGCUCUAGUCGCCGUUCUGUGCACAAAUGGCGCGCCAAGCAUGGCAAGGCGAGGGCUCGUGGUCGAGGCCGUGGUGGAUUACGGCCAUGCUUGCCGCAGAGAUCUGUUCCCGUAUGGCCAGUACUAG